AUGAAGCGCAGGCUGUAUCUCUUCAGUGAACUGGUCAGGCAGCAACUGCUCGCACGACAUUCCGUCCGUUCUCGCCAAGGCCCGAUUCAACGACUGCUGCUGGCUGGUGAAGAACACUUUCGGGUCACACCGAGGUUCCAUCCCAAACAUCUUGAAACGCCUCAUAGUCUCCUGGCGGUCCGCCAGUCGGCUUCUGCAGCGGGUCUAGGCGGCCGACUUUUCGAUGUAUCAUGCCACUUACAAAUCCGCGUCCCAUUUACUCUUCGAUCCUCGGCCAAGUUGAAUCGUACAGACGAUCCUCAGCUGGUCGGUGACGGCGAAAGUACCCCGUCAUCGGCUAACUAG